AUGGGUGGAUCUUUAUCCCGGCUUUUGUCAUUUGGCUGGUGGGCGAAGAAAGAAAUCCGUAUUCUAAUUUUGGGCCUUGAUAAUGCGGGGAAAACCACACUUCUGUAUCGACUUAAGAUAGGCGAGGUCGUUACUACAAUACCUACGAUUGGAUUCAACGUCGAGUCAGUCACAUAUAAGAAUCUCAACUUCAACGUCUGGGAUCUCGGGGGCCAAACGUCAAUACGACCGUAUUGGCGGUGUUAUUAUGCAAACACCGCUGCAGUGAUAUUCGUCAUCGACUCAACAGAUAUUGAGCGGCUGGGUACAGCUUCCGACGAGUUAGCGGCCAUGUUGAAUGAAGAGGAGCUGCGCGAUGCAGCGCUUUUGGUUUUCGCAAAUAAGCAAGAUCAGCCGGGGGCCAAAGGGGCUGGAGAGAUCUCCGAGGCAUUAAAGCUAGGCGAGCUCAGAGACAGAAACUGGAGUAUAGUUGCUUGCUCUGCUAUUGAUGGUAACGGUAUCGAUGAAGGCAUGGACUGGCUGGUGCAAACGGUGCAAUCAGAAAACUCGUAA